GCUAAGCCUCUUGCUGGGAGGGAAGGCCGGCAGUUCGCCCACUCAUCACACGAUGAAGCUGCUCGUCCGGGCUCUCCGCCUCUGUGGGGUCGGGAGGCGGCCAGUCUCCCCGAGUCCGGCGGUAGUGGUGGCAAGCCAGAAGUGUGUGGGGUCCAGGGAGAGAUGCUGGGCUUCCAUCCGGGCUAUUGGAACCAGGACCGAUGUCCCACAGUCCCGACUUUGUAUGAUCGUCAUGGGAAGGAUCAUGCGGCCAGAUGAUGCCAAUGUGGCCGGCAACGUCCACGGAGGAACCAUCCUGAAGAUGAUCGAGGAAGCGGGGGCCAUCAUCAGCACCCGGCACUGCAACAGCCAGAAUGGGGAGCGCUGCGUGGCUGCCCUGGCCCGAGUGGAACGCACUGACUUCCUGUCACCCAUGUGCAUCGGUGAGGUGGCCCACGUCAGUGCGGAGAUCACCUACACUUCCAAGCACUCUGUGGAAGUCCAGGUCAACGUGAUGUCCGAAAACAUCCUCACAGGUACCAAAAAGCUGACCAAUAAGGCCACCCUGUGGUACGUGCCCCUGUCGCUGAAGAAUGUGGACAAGGUUCUCGAGGUUCCUCCUGUUGUGUAUUCCCGGCAGGAGCAGGAAGAAGAGGGCCGGAAGCGUUAUGAAGCCCAGAAGCUAGAGCGAAUGGAGACCAAGUGGAGGAAUGGUGACAUUGUCCAGCCUGUCCUUAACCCAGAGCCAAACACAGUAAGCUACAGCCAGUCCAGCCUGAUCCACCUUGUUGGGCCCUCGGACUGCACCCUGCAUGGCUUUGUGCAUGGAGGUGUCACCAUGAAGCUCAUGGAUGAGGUGGCUGGGAUCGUGGCUGCACGCCACUGCAAGACCAACAUAGUUACAGCUUCCGUGGAUGCCAUCAAUUUUCAUGACAAGAUACGGAAAGGCUGCGUCAUCACCAUCUCUGGACGCAUGACCUUCACGAGCAACAAGUCCAUGGAAAUCGAGGUCCUGGUGGACGCCGACCCCGUGGUAGACAACUUGCAGAAGCGCUACCGGGCCGCCAGUGCCUUCUUCACCUACGUGUCCCUCAGCCAGGAGGGCAAGCCGCUGCCUGUGCCGCAGCUUGUGCCCGAGACUGAGGACGAGAAGAGGCGCUUUGAAGAAGGCAAAGGGCGGUACCUGCAGAUGAAGGCGAAACGACAGGGCCAUGCAGAGCCUCAGGCUUAGCAUCCUCCCUCCUCCCUGGGGCCAGCACAUCUGCGGCAACAGCCCCACAUCCAGUCACUUAAAAGUUACCCUCUUGGCCAAAACCCCAAUUCCACUGAGAGCUGGUGUUGUGUGAAGUAUUGUGUGGCAGUGUUACUCAUGCCCUGUCCUGAAAACCCAUGCACCAAAGCUUUAUUUAUAUCUCCAGUGCAAAUGCUACCCAGUGUUGUCCCAAAGCCCGGGUACCCCGUGACACCCACGCCCACUGUACGGUCUGUGUAAGGAACCCAGAACCACUAAUAAAGCUGCUAUCUGGCUGA